AUGUCGAGGUGCCUCAUUAUCUACGGCUUAGCUCGUCUCGAGACUCAAAAUGACUACAUGUGCUUGUCGCCGAAAUUGGCCGCUGGUCUACAGGAAGAGCUCGAUUCUCGUUCCAAAAGUCCACAGCUCGUCGAAAUGCACACGUUCAGAGAUGCAGUCGACGUCAACUAUCAGCGGAUGGCAAUCACCGGCGAGGAGCUCUCGGGUGUACGUUCUUUUAUAAUUCAGUAA